UCUUGGUUAUUCUAUCUGCACCAAUCUCAUUUUCUGAAUCUGUCAUCACAAAAUGAAGCAGAAGGAGCAACAAGGCAAAGGUGAAGGUUCAUAUCUGAAACUCUUUUUUGCUCAACUAGACCUUCUCAACUUCUUUGGUCAUGCUCUAGUUUUUGGCAUUGGUUUACUCAUUGGAAUCACACUCACUUUCUUUGUCAACAAUUUCUCCUUCGCCAACUUUCAAAUUCAACAAUCUUCCCUUUCAUCCAAUACCGUCGAACCGCCACCGUCACCACCGCCGUCACGGCCACCCUUUUCUCCGAUCUCCUCCAACAUCUCAUCACCAAUAUCAGCCACCCAAACAAAAAAUAUAUCUCAGUAUUUUGAUUCUACACAAAAUAACACCUCAUGUUCACCCCAGAAAGAUAACCGAACCGUACCUUCUUCUGAUUCCUCCUUGGUCAACAACACAACAAGUGUGAUGAAUUUCACAAGAAUUGGGUUGAGUGAAUUCUUGAAGCCCCCCAUGGCCAUGCAUGAUAUGAACGACGAAGAGUUGUUGUGGAAAGCUUCCAUGGUUCCCAUGAUUCACAAUCUCCCAUUCAAACAGACUCCAAAGGUUGCAUUCAUGUUUCUGACAAAAGGGCCUGUGAUGUUGGCUCCUCUGUGGGAGAGAUUCUUCAAAGGAAAUGAAGGGUUGUAUUCUAUCUAUGUCCAUUCCCACCCUUCUUUCAAUGAAACAGUGCCUCCAAGCUCUGUCUUCCAUGGCCGCAAUAUCCCUAGCAAGGAAGUAAGGUGGGGUGAGAACAGCAUGAUAGAAGCAGAGAGAAGGCUAUUAGGGAAUGCACUCCUUGAUUUCUCGAACCAACGUUUUGUGCUACUCUCAGAAUCAUGCAUCCCUUUGUUCAACUUCAACACCAUCUACACUUACCUAAUGAACUCAACCAAGACCUUUGUGGAAGCCUACGAUCAGCCAGGUGAAGUGGGCCGUGGCAGGUACAGGUCCAAAAUGAGGCCCCAGAUCAGUCUCUCCCAAUGGAGAAAAGGGUCUCAAUGGUUCCAAAUAGACCGUUUUCUAGCCCUUCAAAUAGUCUCUGACCAUCACUACUUCCCAGUCUUCUUAAAGUACUGCAACCCUAAUUGCUACAGUGAUGAACACUACUUGCCCACAUUUAUCAGCAUCAAGUUUUGGAAGAGAAACUCUAACAGAACCUUGACAUGGGUUGAUUGGUCAAAGGGUGGUGCUCAUCCUUCAAGGUUUUACAGAAAUCAUGUGACCAAUGAGUUUUUGAACAAGCUGAGGUUUGGAACAUCAUGCGAGUACAAUGGUCACACCACAAAUAUUUGUCAUUUGUUUGCAAGGAAAUUCACCACUCAUGCUUUGGGUAGAUUGCUCAGAUUUGCUCCAAAGCUCAUGCAAUUCAAUUGACUUCUCUCUCAAUAUUCAUCCUUUUUUGCUUGUUCAUACUCAUUUCUGUUUUUUCUUAUAUAUAUAUUUUUUGGGUUGAACAUAUA